CCCAAGCCUCUAAGUGGCAUCAUCUCCCAUUGGGGUGUCUGGUUGGGUUGGGUUUGUUUGUUGUUGUUUUUCCUUCGAGGGUCUUUUGGGGGUGGGGGUGGGCUGGUGGGACGGAGAUCCACCCUGGAGCCGGAAGAGAGGACAGCAGCCCUGCUGAACCUAACUGCUAACAUGUUGUACCUGGAGAAUAAUGCUCAGACCCAAUACAAUGAGCCGCAGUACACCAACCUGGGGCUUCUGAACAGCAUGGACCAGCAGAUCCAAAACGGCUCUUCCUCCACAAGCCCCUACAACACGGAGCAUGCCCAGAACAGCGUCACGGCCCCCUCCCCCUACGCCCAGCCCAGUUCCACCUUCGACGCCCUCUCCCCGUCUCCGGCCAUCCCCUCCAACACAGAUUAUCCGGGGCCUCACAGCUUCGACGUCUCAUUUCAACAGUCCAGCACUGCAAAGUCGGCCACGUGGACGUACUCCACCGAACUGAAGAAACUCUACUGCCAGAUCGCCAAGACCUGCCCCAUCCAGAUCAAGGUGAUGACCCCUCCACCCCAGGGGGCUGUCAUCCGAGCCAUGCCGGUCUACAAGAAGGCUGAACACGUGACCGAAGUGGUCAAGCGGUGUCCGAAUCACGAACUCAGCCGGGAAUUCAACGAAGGCCAAAUUGCUCCUCCCAGUCAUCUCAUCCGCGUGGAAGGCAACAGCCACGCGCAGUACGUGGAAGACCCCAUCACUGGCAGGCAGAGCGUCCUCGUCCCUUACGAACCGCCCCAGGUUGGCACCGAAUUCACAACUGUCCUCUACAAUUUCAUGUGCAACAGCAGCUGCGUCGGCGGAAUGAACCGACGCCCCAUCCUCAUCAUCGUCACGCUGGAAGCCAGAGACGGGCAAGUCCUUGGUCGCCGAUGUUUUGAGGCUCGGAUCUGCGCCUGCCCAGGCCGGGAUCGCAAAGCGGACGAAGACAGCAUUCGGAAACAACAGGUCUCCGAAGGCACAAAGAACGGUGAUGGUACGAAGCGCCCUUUCCGGCAGAGCACGCAUGGCAUCCAGAUGACCUCCGUCAAGAAAAGACGCAACCCAGACGAUGAGCUCCUGUAUCUCCCGGUUCGAGGCCGGGAGACCUACGAGAUGCUGCUGAAGAUCAAGGAAUCUCUGGAGCUCAUGCAGUUCCUCCCCCAGCACACAAUCGAGACCUACCGACAGCAGCAACAGCAGCAGCAGCAACACCAACACUUGUUGCAGAAACAGAACUCCCUCCAGGCUCAGCCUUCCUACGGGUCCAGUUCUCCUCCGCUGGGCAAGAUCAGCGGCAUGAACAAGCUGCCAUCUGUCAGUCAACUCAUCAACCCCCAACAGCGCAACACUCUGACCCCCACCAGCAUCCCUGACAGCAUGGGAGCCAACAUUCCAAUGAUGGGAGGUCACAUGACGAUGGCAGGCGACAUGAACGGGCUCAGCCCCACCCAGACGCUGGCCCCUCCCCUCUCCAUGCCGUCCACCUCCCACUGCACCCCACCUCCGCCCUACCCCACAGACUGCAGCAUCGUCAGUUUCUUAGCGAGGCUGGGCUGCUCGUCCUGUCUGGAUUAUUUCACGGCGCAAGGCCUGACCACCAUCUAUCAGAUUGAACAUUACUCCAUGGAUGAUCUGGUGAGCCUGAAGAUCCCCGAGCAGUUCCGCCACGCCAUCUGGAAAGGCCUCCUGGACUACCGGCAGCUGCACGACUUCUCCUCCCCUCCGCACCUCCUGCGCACGCCCAGCGGCGCCUCCACGGUCAGCGUGGGCUCCAGCGAGGCCCGGGGCGAGCGGGUGAUCGACGCCGUGCGCUUCACUCUCCGCCAGACAAUCUCCUUCCCUCCCCGCGACGACUGGAACGACUUCAACUUCGACUUGGAUGCGCGCCGGAACAAGCAGCAGCGCAUCAAAGAGGAAGGGGAGUGAAGCCCACCCCCACCUCCCCUGCGCUCCGGCCAGCCCUAGGACCCUCCCCCCCCCCCCCGAGGGUCUCCCCACUGCUCUGAUUCCUGUUCCGACACCUCCUCCCCAAAUCGGCGGGAGGGGAGCCGAGCGGCCUGCCACAAACUCUCUGCAGCUUUUGACCUUCAAGCGUUUUCUGUGCUUUGGCUUAAAAAGCUGGUCGUUGUGUUGUUUUUUUAAUCAGUCACAGCUGGGGGGGGGGUGUUCGAAUGCAUGAGGGUGUGAGGGCUGGGUGGCUUUUACAGUUAAGAGUAAGGAAGGCACACACACCCCCGCCAAAAAAAAAUGGAUCCUUUGUCUGGCAAAUUACGGCUUUCCACAUUUCUGGAAGUUAACCAACUCUUUGGUUGACUUGAGUGCGUCUAGUUUUUGUUGUUUUCAGCUACAAGUUGUGGCCUGGUCUUUCCUAGAAUUUUUGCGUGGAUCUCUUGCUGAAUGGAUUGAUGUCUGGUGCUUUGGGAUCCUCACUUCAGUGAAGGGCGCGAGAUCCAAUCUUGGCAACUUCAAAGACUUGUAGACUUCCAACUCCCAGAAUUCUUCCGCCAGCUAUGCCUAUGUCUUUUCUUAUGCCUCCUAGCAUGGAGAGACUGCAGAGAAAGGGAUUACAAGAGAGUUAAAGAGGCCACAGUGGGGAUUCACAUCAAAAAGUUGUGCGUUUGUGUCCUGGAAUUCAAAGUUGUUUAACUCUGGGAGUUGAAGUCCACAAGACUUAAAGUUGUCACAGUUUAAAAAGAAAGUCACCGAUUGACCAAUGCUUUGCUUUUGAAUUUUCAAAUUGGAAGACGAGAACUUUCCAGAUAAGGCAAGCGAAUGUGGUGGACGUUGGUUGCGUGUAGUAGGUGAUUCAGCAGCACCCUGGUCCUUUCCGUUGCAGCCACAUGGGUAGGAUGGUCCUUUCCGUGCAUUAAGGAAAUGACCGCUGAAUUUACCAGAAGCCGAGUUGCUCGAAAACCAUGUCUUUGUGUUUGAUUCUCGCAAUCUUUAUGGAUUGUUGCUUUGCACCAGGAAAAUGGAUGCUCUGUUUAUCUGUUUCGUUUUUUUCAGCCUAGCUGCAAUACCCACAUAGGCGUAGUAGCCACACCACGUAGUAGCAACAGCCUCUAGUAGCAAUAGGCACAUCAGUGCUGGGAAGUGAGAUGCUAAUCCGAGAUAGUUGGAAUCCCCUGGGAGGAAGUUUAAGUCGGU